GCUUCUUCGAUUGUGUUCCGGCUCCUGUUCCUCAUUGCCCUGGCAAUGGCUCAAUACGCUUUGACUCUGGCAAUGCUCAUCGCGGCCCUUUGCUCCCGCUGCGAGCUAUCCCGGACCAUGUCCCUGCCGGACGAGGAGCGAUACGUGCGCAAGGAGUACAAUCGGGAUCUCAUGGACUGGUUCAACACUGUCGGACAGCUUGCGCCCAACCAGGGGGUUCCUCUCUGCCGAUAUCCAUACAUUGCGGACAACUCCCUGUCCAUUCCCACCAGGAAGAGAAACUCGGAGAUCAUAAACUCGCUCCUGAGUCUCCCCAAGAACAUGAACGAAGCGGGGUAGUAGUUGUAAUAUGGGCCUGAUCAAAUUAUUGGAUAAACGGAUAUACGCUUGCACCUACGGACGAACGAAUGUGGACAACAUACAUAUGUUAAGCGAUCUAGUAUGUAAGAUGUCUGAGUAGUUUAUCUGUCUGUGCUUGUGUUUUAAGGGGCAGCGUUAUAAGGAUAUUUCAUACAUAUUUAAGCGGUGCAUCUUCAGAAACUUGUUGCUUGCUAUGGUCCAUACGGAACUAAGUUAUAUAAAUAAUAUAUGUGUCUACACAUAUUCUUAUAUACUAAUAUACU